UUUUGUUAACAAUAAUGUUGCCGUGCUAACUAAUUCGAAGAUCUAGCUAGAGAGAAAGGGAGGAGCGGCAGAGAACGAUCUCCCUGUUCUUCUGGAUAGCUCUUCGCCGAUGGCGAUAUUCUACGCCUUGGUGGCCAGAGGCACGGUAGUGCUGGCGGAGUUCAGCGCCGUCACCGGCAACACCGGCGCUGUCGCUCGCCGCAUCCUGGAGAAGCUUCCAGCGGAGUCCGACUCCAGGCUCUGCUUCUCUCAGGAUCGCUACAUCUUUCACAUACUCCGAUCCGACGGCAUCACCUACGUCUGUAUGGCCAACGACACCUUCGGAAGGAGAGUUCCUUUCUCAUACUUGGAAGAUAUCCAAAUGAGGUUUAUGAAGAACUACAGUAGAGUUGCUAAUUAUGCACCAGCUUAUGCUAUGAAUGAUGAGUUUUCAAGGGUUUUGCAUCAGCAAAUGGAAUUCUUUUCCAGUAAUCAAAGUGCCGAUACCCUCAAUCGUGUGAGGGGUGAAGUUGGUGAGAUACGCACUAUCAUGGUGGACAACAUUGAAAAAAUAUUGGAGAGAGGUGACCGGAUCGAGCUUCUUGUUGAUAAGACAGCAACAAUGCAAGACAGUGCAUUUCACUUUAGGAAACAGUCAAAGCGCCUUCGAAGAGCUCUUUGGAUGAAAAAUUUUAAACUACUGGCCUUAUUGACAUGCUUGAUUGUUGUUGUUCUGUAUUUAAUAAUCGCUGCUUGUUGUGGAGGCAUCUCUCUACCGUCCUGCAGAUCCUAAUUGUCACCCUGUCAGUUUAUUUAUUUUGAGCUCUGCAAGCGUCAUAAUCGUUCCUGUCAAUAUGUACAUUGGAGGACAUUUUAGUAUUCCAGAGUCUACGAGCUGAGAGGAUAAAUUUGAUAAAGGACUCAAACGGUUACAUGUAUUUUCCUUUCUAUGUCGUUCCUGGUUCUGUAUUAUAGAAGUUCAUGCUGCGGCCUGAUAAGGUUAUCUAUGAUUAUGGAUCAUCCUUCUGUAAAUGUGAAUUUUUAAUAUAUUUCAUAAUCUAAGUUCAAUUUUUUACGCAUUAAA